AUGCCCCGCAGCCCCUCGCUUCUCUCCCUCACUCUCUGCCCUCUCUGCCUCGCUCCCCUUCGGACCCGAGAACGCCGGAGCGCGCCGCCGCAAAACACCGCGCCCACCACCGUCCCUUUGCUCGUGGCUGUGACCCUAAGCUCUGCUCAGGCCCCAAGAACCCCCACGCCGAACCACUCAAGCCCGGAUGACCCCAAGACGACGCUGCGGUUUUUCUUCCCCGUCCACGGCCGCCGGAUGCAGUUGCCCGAUUCACCGUCUUCAACGCGUCCCCGAGCCCGCUUCGACGCCCCCUGCAACCUCCGUGAGCUCCUCUUCCUCCCGCCUCUUUCUAAUAGCUCGUUCCCGCCCCCUAGCAAGCCUUCUGCCAUGGCCGUGAGCUCGUCGUCGCCAUGA